UCUAGACUAGAUCUAGAUCUAGUGUUUUUAAAAUAAUAAAAGAUCUAGAAUCUAGAUCCUAAUUAGCACAGGAUUUAUUAUGUCCUUUAAACGUGAAGGGGAUGACGUUAAUCUUUUGAGUAUAUUAAGAAAAAGGAGAAUUAAAGAACUUUUAUCAGAGGACAUUCCAGCAGAUGAGGCUAAAUUACUGUGUAAUGGAAGGUUUGCUUGCACAGUGUGCCCUCACAAUCCUAUAUUUGAUACAGUAAAUAUUUUGAACGUUCAUCGAAAUGGAAAAAAACAUCUUUCUUAUUUGGAAACUUACAAAGAAAAAAAGAGAGAGGUACAACAACUUAAAACACUGAGAAAACAUGAAACAUUUCUUAAUAAUGGAUUUCUUGUUACUGAGCAUACACAAAGUACUAAUGGGCUACUACUGACAUCACCUUACAACCCAAGAGUUAAAAGAAUUAAAAGAAAUUCUGGUGAACAGAGGCAGAAAAUAAAUCUUAAUGAUGAGACAAAUUCACACUCCAAUUCCAAGUUGACACCUGCUUCAAAUUCUAUAACACAUAAAUCACAUUGGACUGUUGAUGUAUGCAAACAACAAAUGGAAGGUCCCAUUUUACAUGACUGUAAACUUAAAAAUAUUUUUUCAAGUAAAACAGAAGCUCCUACAAAGCUAGAACCAUACUUGUCUACAAGACGUACAGCUCCUGAAACUAGCACAUCAUCUUGCAGUAACCAAGGCUUUAUAGAGCAUACAACUCAAAAUAAAAUAAGACUUGGUACUGGAAUUAAGCAUCAAAGUUUUCAAAUAAACCAUCCACAUCAUUCACUUUCCCGGGUACAAAGAAAUGGUGCCUUGCAUAAAAGUAUCUCAGCCUCUCCUCUUCAGACUACAAAUACAACUAAAUCAAGUCAAGAUAAUUCAGUCACAUUAAAGCUCAAACAGUUACAAGGAUCUGGAUGGAAGAGAGACUGGGAUGGGCAGUGGAUCAAGGAGGCAGGUGCUGAAUUUGAUUCAGAUGAAGAACCUCCUGAUAUACCUCUACAAAUUUCAAAAUAAUUUAGCUUUUUAUAAUUUUAUUAUAAAUACAUCCAUGUAUUUUUAUCAGUAUAUAUACUCAAUUCAGUUAAGUUAUUAACAUUUCGUUUAUAAGUUUUUCUCCCCAAAACAUUUUGUCAAGUUUUUUCUUCAACUAUUUUUAUUUUUUAAUAUUUUUGAAACACAAUUAUAGUAUAGGCCUACUAAUAGUACUAUGUCUAUAAACCGUCCAUUGUUUUAAGAUCUAAUUAAAAUUACAAAACAUUGAAACUGAAAGCCCAGCCUUAAAGAUUUUUAUUGAAUUUUACAAUAGGCAACCUCACCCAGAACAGUUAUAUAAACGUCUAGAGCAGGGGUCUUCCAAACUAUGGCCCUCGGGCCGGAUGUGGCCCUCGAAGUCCUCUCAUCCGGCCCGCGGAGAUCUUUUUGUCCAAGGAAAAAUCGUUUGUUGGUGAUGGCUGAGGAACUUUGCCCAGAAAAAUCAAAGACAUGCCUGGAAGAAACUGGCCCCCCGAACUGAAAUUUGAUAGUUAAUGCGGCCCUCGGACUGAAAAGUUUGGAGACCCCUGGUCUAGUGGAUGCAAAAUGAGGUGUUAAUUUUAAAAACUUUGUCGGGUUCAAUCUUAUUAUUGACCAGAAUAUGAAAUUCACCUAUGAAACAAAUUGGACAAUAAUCUUAUUUGAAUUGAAAAGAUUCAACUUACUGGUCUUUUAUGCUUACAUACUAGUUAUACUACCUAACUCACAAUCUAACCACUAAAAAUGGAAAGCACAUUGCAUCAGAAUAAGGCAAGUAGUUAAAAAUAUUUUAUCAAAGUAAACUUUAGAGCGAAUUCUGAUAAGUUUGUUAGGAGUCAAAAAGUUGUGCAAUAGUAAUAGAUUAAACCUUGUCACCAGAUCGUUAAUGAACUAGAAACAUCAAGGAUAGCAAUUAAGCAAAUAUGUUGACACCAUAAAUUGAUAUUUAUAGGAUACACUGCAAUCAGCAACUGGAUACAAUUCUAUGGCAGAAGUGGUAUGCAUAAAUAUAUAUUUAUGACAUAAAUGAUAGAUACAUCGUCUGAGGCAUUCUAAAUAAAUGUUCUUACUUUUAAAUGUACUACUGGUUCUAGAGACUAAUAAUUAUUUCAACAAAAAUUUCUUUAUGUGACCCUAGCACUGUUCC